AUGACAAGCAGCAGUGGCGCGACUAAUGCAACAAACGGGCAUGAUCACCAAGAAGACAUGAACAUGUACGGACACGAAGACGAGACGGUUUCGGGUUCUCGGUUCAGUUGUCUCGGGUGCUUUUGCUUUGAUAAUCAACGUCAAUGGAGCAUGUUGCAUGGAGGAGAGCCGAGAGAGGAGUCGUGGCUGAUCACGAAAUCUAAGGAGGUUAAGGAGUUCACAGAGGUUGUGGCAGGGCCUAAGUGGAAGAAUUUUAUCCGAAAGCUGAGUAAAUAUAGCAAGAAAACAAGAAUGGCGGAGUGUAGGCAGUAUGAUCCACAGAGUUAUGCUCUUAACUUUGAUGAUGGCUUGGAUGAUAUUCAACAAGAUAGUGACAAUGCUUUGCUUGGUGGUGGUUUCUCCACCAAGUUGUGA